AUGGCCCGCUCAAAACAUGGAACGGUAACAAGCAGCAUAAAAUCACGUUCUUUUGUCAAGUUAAAAAACACUAACAACAACAACACUCUCAACAGCAACAACACUAACAACAACAACACUAUCAACAACAACAAAAACACUUGCCACCACGACAACACCAACCAAAACAACAACAUUAGCCACAACAACAACACUAUCAUCAACACUAACUACAACAACAACACUAACAACAACGACAACAACAUUAAUAUCAUAAAAAUCUACCAGGACACGAUGAACUGCUUCCGACACCAGCUGGAUGGUUGCCGUGGAAACGAGAAAGCGGUAAAUCACGUGAAUCUACAGACGGAGAGAAUGUGGAUCUAUGAAUAUUCAUGCUCUUCAACGAACUUAAAACGCAGACUGGCAUCUUUAAAAACUGCUCUGAUUAACAUUCAUUUUUGCAUCAAAAACAUUCUCAUCUCACGAACAAUAUGA